AUGAAGCGUAAGCUUUCAAACGCUGGCGAGCAGCCGCAAGUCUCGACCCCAAAGAGAAAGCGAUCGGCCCUAGAACAAUCCGAUGGCGCCGUGAACGGCCUCGCGCCUAUCCCCGAGAGCCCGAACGGCGAGCUUUCCCCGUCGCAACAGGACCACUCAACACCACAAAAGACGACAGGGUUAUCCGCGACGCCAUUGCAGCAGUCUGGUCUCAAGACGCCUACCCAUAAAUCCAAGGCUCGCGGCUUGUUCGCUACGCCUACCAAACCAAAGUCCGCAAUCGCGUCAACCCCAUCUCGAGUGAAGAAUGCAGACCGAUCUGCACGGAAGAAGAGUGCGCGAGUGCUUUUCGAGCAGGACGAGGAUGCUGCAUGGGAUGGAUCGGAGCGACUAGCGGAAGAGAUCCUACGUGGGGAGGAACCAGACAAUGACAAAGCAGAUCAGCCUCUGGCGGAGAGCAUAGAGCCCGAAGGUGCGGAAGAUGCCCCAGAGAAGGGGGUAAAACAACCUAAGCGCCGUGCUGGACGACCCAAAGGCGCGAGAAACAAGCGCUCCCCAACACCCGAAGGCGAGCUUCCUGCACACGAACGAUACUUCUUCCAGAACCGUGCCGGUCCUGUCAAGACCUCGAAUGCGAACCUCAACAAAGUAACGCUGUUAACGCAUGAGGAAUAUUUCGAGAAACUUGGUCAAUACGUGGAUCCGUGCAAGGAGGAGAAGGAAUACUUGCAGUCUUUGCAUCACCGAUCUUUCCCACAGUGGGCGUUCGAGUUCGACGAAGGCUUCAACAUCUGCUUGUUUGGCUAUGGCUCUAAGCGCAAGCUGACUGACGAAUUCGCGGGGUGGAUUUACGAACACUAUCUCUCAUCUACUACGACUCCCGCUAUUGUUAUGGUCAAUGGUUACACACCAGGCAUCUCUAUCCGAACAAUCUUUGCUACGAUCGUUGCAGCCGUGAUGGGUGAUGAUGCACCGUCAAAACUAGGCGCGCAACCAACAGAAGUUCUUGAGCUAUUACAAUCCGCGCUCAAUUCGCGUAAGGAGCCCGUCACGGUUGUGAUCAACUCGAUCGACGCUCCGCCUUUGCGCCGCGCAGCGAAUCAAGCGCUCCUUGCCCGUCUGGCUGCAACUCCGCUCAUCCGGCUUCUCGUCACAGCCGAUACUCCCAACUUCGCUGUUAUGUGGGAUAUCAGUCUGCGUGAUCAGAUGAAUUUUGUCUUCCACGAUUGUACGACCUUCUUACCGUUCUCGGCUGAAGCCGAUGUCGUCGAGGAAGUCAACGCUCUUCUUGGUCGCAAGGGCCGCCGCGUCGGUGGUAAAGAUGGCGUGGGCUUCGUGCUCAAGAGUCUUCCUGAGAAUGCACGCAACCUAUAUCGCGUGUUGCUGACAGAAUUGAUUACUAUACUGGACGACGGUCACCAGUCGGACGACGAAGGCGCAGCAGAGGGCGGCAAGCCUGGCGAUGAUGGUGGUAUUGAGUUCCGUCUCCUUUACCAGAAGGCAACGGAGGAAUUCGUUGCUUCGUCAGAGAUGAUGUUCCGCACUCUUCUGAAGGAGUUCCACGACCACCAGAUGAUCACAUCACGCAUGGAUGCCAGUGGAACGGAGAUACUCGGUGUUCCACUCUCCCGAGAUGAAAUGGAGGGCGUGCUGGAAGAUCUGGUACUGGGGUAG